AUGUCUGCAUCUGGAUCAGCCUCUUCGGGCGACGACAAGGCCGCAGAGCUGUACAAAACAAGACGACUUCUCCUCUACGACUACUGGGUCCUCGGCAUUGUGAGCACAUAUGCCUGGGGAUGCCCUACUUCUCAAUACCCUCUGCCUCAAUUUCGCGCCAACGUGGGCAAAAACCAUCUUGACAUUGGAAUCGGAACGGGCUAUUACCUCCGCAAAGGCCGCAUCCCACCAACAACAAAGAUCACUCUGCUGGAUAUCGAAAAGACUGCUCUGGAAUUUGCAUUGAAGAGGUGCGGGCGAUCUGAUGCGCGUGCGAUUGUCGCCGAUAUUUUAAAGCCUCUUCCCGUGGACGACAAGUUUGACUCUAUUUCCAUGUAUUAUCUUCUUCACUGCAUCCCGGCCACCGUGGAGGAGAAGUGCAACAUAUUUUCGCAUAUCAAGAACAACAUGACCCCCGAUGGUGUCAUUCACGGGGCCAAUGUAGUGGCGAGGGGUGUGAGAAAAGAUAACCGGUUCGCGGCUCAUAUGCGUCGAAAGGUCGUUGAAGCGGGUAUUUUUCAAAACAAGGAGGAUAACCCAUAUGACUUUGAGCAUGCCCUGAGACAAAACUUUCAUGAAGUGGAGGUUCGGGUCGUUGGAACAGUAUUCAUGUUUCGCGCGGCGAAGCCCAAGUUGGACGAGAAACCUUAA